UGUUCAUACCGGAGACCUCCGGGGACGUGUACCCAUGCAUUUACCUUUUUUUAGUUAAAUUGUUUCAGGUGUUCUCGAGUACAUAAUGGAUUCACAGGUACGGAAAUACACGAAGAUGACCUAGGAGAGUAAUUAUAUGCAAGUAGGCUAGUCACGAACCAACGAAGGUUGUUGCUACAUUUCCCAUGAACUCAAUUGUGGAUGUGUGAAUCUCAACGAGGCAACUACAUAUUGAAUAUGAAUCCAACAGUUUAACUUCAGGGUUGAAUAGAAACGAUAUGUUCUGUAAGCUUGACGUACAGAGAGGACGCAUUUAACUGCUGUUGACUGAGAUCUAGCAGCCAUGCGUGUUGAAAGAGCGUUUGUAAUCUAUCAUUUCUUCUUGCUGUAUACGGUGUCAGGACUGGAAACAGAUGUAUAGAGGAUUUGACAAAAGUCUUUACAGUACAGCUUCAGUGUUCUGCCGGUGAAUGGAUACAUGUCGUGCACGAGGUGUAUGGGGAUGGAGACGCAGCAACAUGUCGUCUGAAAUCUGCUCAGUCGUGUAGUAAGCUCUUUGCCAGCAGCCAGUAUGGCCUGAUCGUCAGUUGUAAUGGGAAGCAGUCAUGUUAUGAAGCAAUGCAGGUACAGACCAUCAACAACUGCAAUAUUACCGAUGCUGCUGCUGAAGUAAAUUACAACUGCAUCAAAGGUAGUAUGAACAUGUGUAGUCCAGUCACAACAACAGUAAACGGGUCGGUGUACCUCCAUUCCCCCGGCUUCCCUGACAGUGUCGGUGUGACCAGCCGCUGUGUUGUUAGGAUCACAGGGCAGACUAUACUUGUAACACUGGUAGAGGAGCGGAUGAGGGGGUCAGGGAUGCUUAACAUCUCAGGUGACGGGAGACAACUCUGGACAAACGAGAACGCGAACCAGUACAACAGGGUAUUACCUGGACAAGCUGCCGAAAUAGUUAUAGUCUACGAUAACCAUGAUCAGGAUGGAUCAAAUGUAUGGAUACGUGUUGCAGGUCAAAUGAAUAUUACGGUCACCGGAGAAAUACUGGAUGCAUCAACCACACCUACAUCAACACAGCAGCCGCCACGUUCACAGAGUACAUCCGGUCCAAGUACUUCGGACACACCAACAACUGAAACAAAGCCACGUGCCCAAUCUACAACUAUUGCGUCCUUUACGACCGUUACAUCUACGAGUGGACAACCUACUCGUUCGACAGGGAAUAUAACAACACAGUGGACUUCAAAAUCAACGAUGGUAUCAACAACAGUUUCAAGAACAGACACAAGCAACAGUGAGGAUAUUGUGACAGCCUUGGCUGUGGUGUGUGGUAUUCUGGUGCUCAUCAUUGUAGUCCUCGUCAUAUACUUUAUGGUGGUGAAGCCAUUCAGAAAGAAGCAUGACACUUCAUCGAAUACUGGAACGUCUGUUGAGCAUGGUGAAACAAAUGUCUACGAUGGAAUACAGCCUAAUACAAGCGUGGCUGGUGACGAACAUAACUACGACCGCAUAACCAGCAGUGAAGGACCUUGCUAUGCCAACUCUGUCAGUGGAAAUGAUCCAUAUGUUAACACCUAGACGUUAGUGCUACUCAGUCGCAGUUAUAUAUGUAAAUCAUUAUGUACCUGUAUCGUCACUUUGAAAUCAAUCAAACGUUCUUUAUAAAAGUGAAUAAGUGCUUAUAUAGUAUUAUUUAAAUCUAAACGUUCCUUUAUACAAUAUUUCUAUAAACGUUGAAAAUAUGUUUGAUAGUCCACAUUAUGUUCGACAAUAUUCACUACCCAAUUAGUCUUACUUGUCCUUUAUUUAAAUUAUCGCCUGAUCAGUCAGCAUGCCUGAUGAAUGCAAACGUAUGUGCUUAUUUUGUUUUACAAUUACUUUACAAUAAAUGUCAUAUUCCAGUGA